AUGGGCCCCAGCCGGCUCGAAGACGAGGAGCUCUCCAUUUCGUUGCCACGCUCUCAGAGCCGCCGCUCCCAUACCACGCUGGCUUCCGGCCAGCCUCCGCCGCAGGUCAGCGUCACCGACUAUGGCGCCGUCGAUGAUGCCAAGGGCCAGGGCAAGACCGGCACUCCCACGCAUCUCCCCGACCGCAUAAAGUCUACCGAUGCCCGGCUCGACCAGUACAAUGUCAUCCGUACCUUGGGCGAGGGCUCCUUCGGCAAGGUCAAGCUUGCCAUUCACAAAUCGACAGGCCAGAAAGUAGCCCUCAAGAUCAUCUCGCGCAAAAAGCUCAUCAGCCGCGACAUGACCGGUCGUGUUGAACGCGAGAUCGAGUUCUUACAGCUUCUGCGUCAUCCCCACAUCAUCAAGCUGUACACCGUCAUCAAAGACUCGAACGAUAUCAUUAUGGUCCUCGAAUAUGCCGGUGGUGAGCUGUUCGACUACAUCGUCAAGAAAGGCCGCAUGACAGAGCCCGAAGCUCGGCGUUUCUUCCAGCAGAUGCUGUGCGCCGUCGAAUAUUGCCAUCGCUACCGUGUUGUGCACCGCGACCUCAAGCCCGAGAACCUGCUCCUCGAUGAUAAACUGAACGUCAAGAUCGCCGAUUUCGGUCUCAGCAAUAUCAUGACAGACGGCAACUUCCUCAAGACCAGCUGUGGCAGUCCCAACUAUGCCGCCCCGGAAGUCAUCAAUGGCAAACUCUAUGCUGGCCCCGAGGUGGAUGUUUGGAGUUGCGGCGUCAUUUUGUACGUCCUGCUCGUCGGCCGCCUACCCUUCGAUGACGACCACAUCCCCAGCUUGUUUGCCAAGAUCGCCAAGGGGGCGUAUAUUUUACCCUCGUGGAUGAGCCCUGGUGCGGCCGGCCUGAUCAAGAAGAUGCUUGUCGUCAACCCCGUUCAACGUGCGACCAUUGAGGAGAUCCGGCAGGACCCUUGGUUCCUGGCUGAUUUGCCCGACUACCUGAAGCCCCCGGCCGAACCCUUCUUGAACACGGGCAUUGAUCCGGAUAAGGCGAUCAGACCCAGCGACAUUGCACCACAUGCAUCUGCCAAGGUACAAGAGAAGCUUCACGACGAGGUGACCGAGAAGAUCUCAAAGACAAUGGGGUAUGGAAGGAAGGACGUCCAGGAGGCGUUAGAGGCCAACGUGCCUUCUGCCAUCAAGGAUGCAUACAUGAUUGUUCGGGAUAACAAGCUUAUGCAGAUCAACCCGACUCUAGGCGCCGACAACCCGUACUUUGCAUCGUCACCAACAGAGAACACGACCUCCAGCUCCAUCGCCAUGAACAUGGCAGGAAGUGGUGAGCUAGAUCCCGGCGCCAGCCCUCUGGGCAUGUCAUCUAGCCGGUCUAUCAACUCGAACAGCACGAGCGCCUCGCCAAGGCCUUACGUCUCAAAAGUCGGCGUUCUUCCUAGUAGCUUGCCGGCCUACCACAAGGAUUACAUGGCUGGCAGCGGGAACAUCAUGGAGACCCCCUCCUUUGCCGACCCGCCUGCAGCAACACGAACAUUGGCCGAUCAAGAGGAAACAUCUCGCCGCCUGCGUCCUCACUCCCGCAGCCAGAUCCGCCUCGACGAGUCCAGCAUGAGACCGCAGGGUAUGACGCCGGUCAAUCCUCCUAAGAAGUCCAAGCAGGUGCGGUGGCAAUUUGGCAUCCGGUCGAGGAAUGUGGCGUGGGACGCUCUGCUCUGCAUUUACAAGGCAUUGAACCGACUGGGCUGCAGUUGGGUUGUCGACGAAGACUUCAACAAGUACAGUAACGAAGAGGACGAUAAAGAUGGAAGCGGCAGCUUUGACAGCUACAGGGGGUCUUCCCAGAGAAACAGCAGCUCUGACAUCACAAAGAAGUACAAGUUGCCUGCAGACCCGUGGCACAUCCAAGUCCGCUGGGAAACUGAAGGUAUUCGCCGAUCAGCAAUAGGAACGAAUGUGGCCACCCCCGAAGAAGUGGAGGCAGAUAAGCUCCUGGUGCGAAAGACCGAAGACGACAGCAAGAUCCAGGUGGUGGCUAUGCGGCUGGAUAUCCAAAUCUACGAGAUGGAGCCAUCUGUCUAUUUGGUCGACUUCAAGUGCAACGGCUACGAAACAGCGGAAGGUCACAUUCUGGAGGAGAAAGAAGUGACAAGCGCUUUCCCGUUCCUCGAUCUUGUCGCUAAGCUCAUUCUCAUGCUGGCCGAUGGCGAGUAA